AUGUUUUCUAGUUGUUUGAUUUAUUUAUUUAUUUAUUUAUUGUCAGUUCACUAUACCGGGACUCUGCUUGAUGGCACCAAGUUUGAUUCCAGAAGAGAUAUGGGAGCCCCUUUCACGUUCACACUUGGACAAGGGCAAGUAAUUAAAGGAUGGGAUGAAGGUAUUAGAAGCAUGAAGAAAGGUGAAAAUGCCCUUUUCACCAUCCCACCUGAGCUAGCUUAUGGUGAAUCCGGUUCUCCUCCCACAAUUCUGCCCAAAGCAACUCUUCAAUUUGAUGUUGAGCUGUUGUCUUGGACUAGUGUGAAGGACAUAUGUAAGGAUGGUGGUUUGUUUAAGAAGAUACUUGUUGAGGGAGAGAAAUGGGAGAACCCUAAGGAUCCUGAUGAAGUUCUGGUUAAUUAUGAGGCACGCCUUGAAGAUGGAACACUUGUAAAGAAAUCUGAUGGGGUAGAGUUCACAGUAGAAGACGGUCACUUUUACCCUGCAUUGUCAAAGGCCAUCAAAACAAUGAAGAAGGGACAAAAAGUAAUUUUGACUGUAAAGCCACAAUGUGAGUUGUCAAUGAUUUGUUUUGUUCAUAACUUCAUUUCAUUUUAUUAUGAGGUUGAAUUAGUAUCUUUUAUGAAGGAUAAGGAAUCUUGGGACAUAGAAACUCCAGAGAAAAUUGAAGCUGCUGGUAAGAAGAAAGAAGAAGGGAAUGCACUGUUUAGAGCUGGUAAAUAUGCAAAAGCUUCUAAAAGAUAUGAGAAGGCUAUUAAGUUCAUAGAAUAUGAUACCAACUUCAGCAUUAAAGAGAAGAAGAGUGCCAAGGACUUGAAGAUUGCUUGCAAUUUGAAUGAUGCAGCUUGCAAGUUGAAGUUGAAAGAUUAUAAACAAGCAGAGAAAUUGUGUACAAAGGUUUUGGACCUUGAGAGCACAAAUGUGAAAGCACUCUAUAGAAGAGCACAAGCAUAUAUCCAGUUAACUGACUUGGAUUUGGCAGAAUUUGAUAUCAAGAAAGCACUUGAGAUUGACCCUAAUAACAGGUAUAUUUUCUGUUUGCAAUUUACUUAUAUUUAAUCUCACCUCUAUGUGACUAGACAGUUGGCAUCCAUUUGGUGUGAUGCUCAUCAUUUUUUGUAGAGGAAUUUUCCUUUUCCGCUGAUAUGUUAAGACAUAGAAAGCUAUGAUUUUUCUCUUAUCCUAUAUCUUGUGUUAUUCAUCUCUCCAUAUUAAUGAAUCUU